UUCUUAUGAAUGCCUAAGCCUCGCAACGUAGAUAGAACUAUACGAGGUAUCAUCGGCUUCAAUCUUCAGUAGUCGUUUAACGACUUAUCUCUUUAGAGGUAGAUAUACGCAGAUUAUUAGUGUAUUGAAAAAUUGUGAUAGUGCGUUACAAUCUAAAUAUUAUACAGUGAUAUUAACAUUUUCGAUGAUAAAGUCUGGCCUUUCACAAAAAUUUUUUUCCUCAAAGUGUUGCCUUCGGCGACGACUGGUCGUUGUGUAACGUUACGAAAUAUUUACGCUUUUCUUUCGGCGUAAAAAAGAACAAGAUAUAUGCCUCAUAUAAUUAUGCACAUUUUUAUCUAAUUUUGAAAAGAAAAAAAAAAGAAAGGGAAAAAGUGUAAGCUUCGUAAAGAAGAAAAAGGAAGUAGUCGAUUUAAGUCUCACUAUCAAAUCUUUAUCUGACGAUUAGACGAUUCUUAAAGUAUUACGAAUAUAAAAUUGCGGAUAUAAUCUACAUUGUUGAUCUAUCAAGAGAAACUACAAUAGAAAUUAUUACUUAGUGCGAGACAAAAUAUCUAAAAGAAUAUUCUUUUCUCCAAUUUCAUUUUUCUACCUUACGAUUUAAAUAUGCCUGGAAUCGUGAAUAUAGGAUUUGAAGAGAACAACGAGUUAGAGAAUUUAAAAAGUGACAUAAAGAAUACGGAAUCGUACGAGAAAGAAGAGGAAAACAAUGUACCCAAAAAAAAAUUCGACUUACUUACGACGACACGUAAUGCCUUGGAAGCGUGCAUUUCGAGGCAUCGAAGAGUUAUCAAAUUUCUAGGCUUGAUACUGUUAAAUAGUCUCGUAGUGAUCUACUUUGCCUUUGCCAGCUACUAUUGGGUCAAAAACAAAGAAUCAAACAAUUGCGGUUUCUGUUGGUGUAACGGUUAUGGUAUGCUAUUGUUACUCUUGGGUUUCACCUAUAGCGGAUUAUUUUAUUACUGUGUAGUUAAGCGAUAUUUUGCAAAAUCUAUUUGUCGUCUUUUUCAACCGGUUGGAAGAUAUAUCGAAAGCUUAAAAAAAACAAGAUAUGGAUUUCGGAUGUUUGUAACAGUGAUAUAUUUGUUAAUACUCACGGCCAUCGUUGCCUUUCUCAUCAUCGAUACCUUACAUUCGACGAGAAGACUGAUCAGUGGCCUUGGUGUCGUAAUCCUAUUGCUCCUAGGAUGGAUAUUCUCAAAACAUCCGGCUCACAUCAAUUGGAGACCAGUUUUGUGUGGUAUGAUAAUGCAAUUUUUAUUCGGUUUGUUUACCAUUCGUUGGUCCGUCGGUCGAGACAUUUUUGAUUGCAUUUCAAACAAAAUAACAAUCUUUUUGGAUUACGCGAAAGAAGGCGAUGAAUUUAUCUUCUCAGAGGAACUUGUUCAAAAAGGAAUCUUUGCUUUUUCGGUUAUUCCAGUUAUCUUUUUCUUUAGCUGUUUCAUUCAAAUAUUAUAUUAUAUUGGAGUUAUGCAGUGGGUGGUUAUGAAAUUUGGAUGGGCUUUGCAAUGUAUCAUGGGAACCACCAUAUGUGAAUCGUUGAAUUGUGUAUCGAACACAUUCAUUGGAAUGACCGAAUCUCUUUUAUUGAUAAAACCAUAUGUCAAUAAACUGACAUCCUCCGAAAUUCAUGCCGUUAUGUGUUCUGGCUUUGCCUCGGUUUCAGGUAGUGUUUUUGCUGCAUAUGUCAAAUUUGGUGCCGAUCCGGCACAUUUGCUGAUAGCAUCGGUAAUGUCAGCCCCAGCUGCUCUUUGUUAUUCUAAAUUAUUUUAUCCCGAGACAGAGGAAAGUCAAACCGAUUCGGAAAACAUCCAAUUGGAGAAAUCAAAUGAUUCUGGAAUAUUGGAUGCUGCGAGUAAUGGAGCACUGGCAGCAAUUCCUGUAAUACUUGGUAUAAUAGCUAAUAUUAUAGCUUUUAUAUCAUUUGUUGCCUUCAUCAAUGGUAUAUUCUUUUGGUUCGGUCAACUCUUAGGAUUUAACGAUUGGAAGUUUCAGUAUUUCUUAUCAAAAAUUUUUAUGCCAUUAAGUUGGAUCAUGGGUGUACCAUGGAAAGAAUGCGAGGAUGUUGGAUAUUUAAUAGGAAUAAAGACUGUCGUUAAUGAAUUCAUCGCUUAUAAAGAACUUGGAGUGUAUAAAAAACAAAAGAGACUAUCUAGAAGAUCUGAAGCCAUCGCCACAUAUGCCCUUUGUGGAUUUUCUAAUCCUGCAUGCAUCGGUAUCAUGAUCGGUGCUUUAAGCAAUUUAGCACCGAAUAAGAAAAAAGAGAUCACUGCUGUUACCAUGAGAGCAUUUAUCGCCGGCAGUGCCGUUUGUUUUCUCACAGCUUCUGUUGCCGGUAUGCUGAUAGACGAUGAUAUUUCUUCUAAUAAAUUUAAUGCGACUUCCAAUUAUACUCUUGACUAUUCACAAAAAAUUUGAUUACGCGACCUUAAACAUAGGUCUAGUUACUCUGUUAUUUAUUCCCUCGAUUUAAACAAGGAUAUUGUAAAUAACUUCUGGAAGUAUUUAUAAAUGAAAGACAACGUAAUAUGAUUCAUUUACCAUCUACAUUUUUCCAUCAAGAUUAUUGUUAUAUAAACGUUCAUUAAUUUUAUAAAUAAAAUAUAUAACGUAGUUACUUAAAGAAGAAUUAAUUCAAGUGUUCCCUGUUAUCAAAAUGCGUGAAAGGAAUGUUCUAUUCUUUCUGUGUAUGAUAUGCUAUAGUUGAGAAAGACGUUCGCGUUCUAACAUUCAUUUGUACGUUUUCAAUAAAUAUAAUUAUAAAUUGUUAUAUAACUAAAUAUUACAAAACGAGCGUGCUUGUAUAUAGUGACAUACAAUGUUCUUUGACAUACAAGGUGAUUCAAUGACUUAAAUAAGUAUUAAUGUUAACUUAUUUGUUCAAUAAUUUUAGAUAAAUAGAUGGAUGUUAAUUGAUUAUCAAAAUCAA